GUUGUAUUUUUUGUGCUUCGACGAAACAAUAGUCUCAGUUGAACACUUUUCGUUUGUUAACUCAAUUUCCCAAAAUCCACCGCGAAACUGCCGCCUCCUCCCUCACCACCCUCCCACUGUAUUGGGCCGCGAGGAAGUCGCAAGAUGGCUGAUGUCGCUUGGAAGUAACGUUCCCCUCUGCAACAUGAAGCCGUGAGUGUGGAAGAUAGCGAGGGAGGCACCAUCGGGCUUUUGUUUUUAUUUUCUUUUAGUUACUUUUAUUUUAUUUCGUCAAACAUCCAUUUCAUUCCGCGUCGUGUCCGCCCCGGACUUGUCUUCGGGAGUUGACGCGUCACAUCACGCCGGGACCCUGCCAGCAGCUAACGGCUAGCCUCCGCUAGCAAAUAUAAGUACAGCCACCCAGACUAGCAGGCACAUGCUUAACUGUUUUUUGACACAAAGUCUGACAGCAGGGAGGCAACGAAUAGCAUUUUUGAAAAGUACCGGAACUUCUUAGAGCUCGUGAGAUACAAAUGUAAAGGAAAAAUCGCUGUCAUAGAAAGAACGGUUUUCAAGCUUCUCGUGAGAACAUUAUGUCCGCCAACUGGCCAUCCAGCCUGUGGGUCGCUGACUAAUGCGCAGUAUUACGGAUCUUAAUGUGCACUAACCAGCAAAAGUAUAAUUCGAUGUAGAUUUCUAAACAAAAAUCCACCUUCACGUUUCAUGCUUUUUGUUGCUGUCAAAUAGCGAUUCGAAACCCGGUCUUGUCGAGGCUAAAUUAUGGGAGCAGGAAAUCUGUUGAACUUUUUCUGGUCGUAGGAAGCAACACUGGCCUUUGCUGGCAUCCAACCAAAAAUCCCAAGGGAUGGACACUAAACCGAGUAGCCACAGUCUAAACUGAGAAAUCGGCAUUUCAGUAACUCGGAUUAUUUCACACAUUCAGACUCAAUUGCACAUUUGUGCGCAGGUUUCCACAGCUCGGGUGCCUUUUUCUGUGCGUUUGCGGCGCGAACUUAACUACAGUUUGUCACUACAUCGGAGACGAGCUAGCUUGCCUAAGGUGCACAGCUAGCUCCCGUCUCCCCUACAACACAUUACAAACACGGCGUACAGAACGUAUCUCGACCCCGCUCCCGGCCAGACACACCGGCUGAACAACACCGUCAUGGGAGUGCAGGGCUUUCAAGAAUACUUGGAGAAGCGGUGUCCCGGGGCCGCAGUCCCGGUGGACCUCCUUAAGCUCGCCCGCACGGCGGCCCGUCAGCCCCCUCAUCAUCAUCACCCACACCACCAUCCACAUCACCCCGGGCCCAUGCCUCCCCCGCCUCCGCCUGCCAGGAUCCUGAUCGACGCGGACUCCAGCCUCCAGCGCCUGUACGGCGGCUACCAGACGGACUGGGUGUGCGGGGGCGAGUGGAACGCCAUGCUGGGCUACCUGGCCGCCCUGUCCCAGGCCUGUCUGUACCAGGGCUGCCUGGAGCUGGUCGUGGUGUUCAACGGCACUUUGGGGAAGGAGCGCUGGCCCGAGUGGGCGCGGCGUGCGCAGGGCCAGAGACAGACGGCGCAGCUGAUAGUCAACCACGUUAGCAGCAAGGCCACCCCGCCUCCCCGGGCAUGGUUCCUGCCCCCGGCCUGCCUCAGCCACUGCGUCCGCCUCGCCAUGUUUCGCUUCCGAGUGCGGGUUGUGCAGACUUUGGAGGACCACCACCAGGAAGUGCUGUCUCUUUACAGAGACUACGGGUUUGCCGGCCUCAUCGCUCAGGAUUCCGAGUUUGCCCUUUGCAACGUACCGGCCUACUUUUCCUCACACGCGCUUAAACUGAGCUGGAAUGGCAAAAACCUGACCACACACCAGUAUCUGCUGUCUGAGGCUGCCAGGCAGCUCGGCCUGAAGACACAACACCUGUCACUCUUUGCUGCUCUGCUGGGGAAUCAUAUUCUGCCUGAUGAGGACCUGGCUGCCUUCCACUGGAGUCUGCUGGGACCAGAACACCCGCUCGCUUCCCUUAAGGUGCGAGCCCAUCAGCUGGUGCUGCCGCCGUGCGAGGUGGUCAUCAAAGCCGUCUCUGAGUACGUCUCGUCCAUUAAGGAUUUGGGAAACCUCGACGCCAUCGCCAGAGAUGUUUUCAAACAGUCACAGUCACGCACAGAAGACAAAGUGGAGCGCUUCAAGAAAGCUGUGGACUAUUUCUCAGCUGCCUCCAAACCACGCUCGCCCAGCAUGGGGCCUUCCUCCUUUAUCUUACCUGGGUUUGGACCCACUCCUUUUGGGGGACCACCUGGCCACAUGGGACCCAUGCAGCCUGGAAAGAACCAGUUCCUCCCUCCCCAGGUUCCAGGGCUAAAGCCCCCCUUUCCCAAUGCUCCCUUCGGGCCUGGCUCCGCCGCCCUGUUCCAGGCCCCUCCGCCGCCAUCCCAGGACUGCAACGACACACUGACAGGAAAGAUGGGCUUCUCCGACUGGUCAGCCCCGUAUGAUUCCACACAGGGGGGGAGUCGAUUACCAAACCAUCACACCAGCACCCAGCCUGGUCCUUCCCCGUCUCCUUCCUCAUCAUCAGAUGGAGAGGAGCCCAACGACAGCAACGCAAACCAUUUGACAGACAAGCCCUCCCGGUGGGAGGAACCUGCUGGAAGAGGGGGCUCAGCCUCCGCCGACGGUUCCCAAGGCAACGGGAGCGGGUCAAACAUUCCGUCACUGUUGUCGAUGGCGACGCGCAGUCACAUGGACAUAACCACACCCCCACUGCCUCAGGUCAGUGCUGAGGUUCUUCGUGUAGCUGAACACAGACACAGAAGAGGACUGAUGUACCCCCAGAUUUACCACAUUCUGACCAAGGGAGAGAUGAAGAUGCCAGUGUGUAUAGAGGACGAGUGUAACUCUGAGCUGCCUCCUGCCUCUCUGCUGUUCCGUGCUGCCAGACAGUACGCGUACGGCGUUCUUUUUAGCUUGGCCGAGACACACCGCCGCCUAGAGAGGCUUGCCCUGCGCAAAAGGACUCCUCUGGAAGUUCCUCCCGUGAUCGUCAAAGAGUGGAGCAGCGGUAAGGCCAAGUCAGCCCUGACUCCAGAGCUGGUUCCCGCUCUGUGUUUCCGAGAGUGGACCUGCCCCAACCUGCGGCGCCUGUGGCUGGGUCGUGCCAGCGAGGACCGCUCCAGGAGAACCAGGGCCUUCCUGGCGUGCCUUCGCUCCGACUGCCCAGCCCUCCUCAACCCAGCACAAGUCCCACAGCAUCUGCUGCUCAUGUGCUGUGUGCUCAGGUACAUGAUGCAGUGGCCUGGAGGAAGGAUUCUGCAGAGACACGAGCUCGAUGCCUUCUUAGCCCAAGCUGUUUCCAGUCAGCUCUAUGAGCCCGACCAGCUGCAGGAGCUCAAGGUUGAGAAGGUGGAUGCCCGCGGCGUUCAGCUGGCUGCUCUUUUCAUGGCCGGUGUUGACACAGCGUUAUUCAUCAAUGAUGUCUGCGGGCAGCCGUUGCCAUGGGAACACUGCUGCCCCUGGGGUUUCUUUGAUGGCAAGCUCUUCCAGAGCAAACUGGCCCGAGCCGCCCGAGACCGGGCCGCCCUGCUGGACAUGUGCGAGGGGCAGGAGGAGCUCGUCUCAAAGGUGGAGAAGAUGCGCCAGGCAAUCCUGGAGGGCAUCAACCUGUCCCGCCCUCCUCCACCUCCUCCUCCUCUACCACCUCCGGCCUUCCUCCCCCCGGCCAUGGUGCCCCCCUUCUAUCCUCUGCCUCCUCUCUACCCGCCCCGCCCUAUGGGUGGAAUGCCCCCUCACCAUCACCCGCAUCAUCCGCAUCACCCUGCGCAGCACAGAGCCAGAGCUUUCCCAGACUGUCCGUUUUUCCCUCCAUCCUCAGGUCUUCAGUCCAUCCCUCCUCAGGGAGGGAAACUGGAGAUAGCUGGUAUGGUGGUUGGCCAGUGGGCUGGGAACAAACCAGUCCGCGGGAGAGGGGGGUUCAACAUGCAGGUAGUGUCUGUGGGAGCAGGGAAAGGGAGGGGUAAAGAGACUCCAGCUAAAUUAAAGGGAGGGAAAAAACCAGCUGCCAAUAGAACACAGAUGUCGUCAUCCCCCCCAUCCAGCAGUCCCCCAAAGCCCUCGGAGGAGGAAGGCUCCACACCAGAGACUGAGACUCAGCAGCUGAAUGGCAGCUCAGCAGCCUCCGCCAUUGGCCAGCCCUUGGAGCUGGCCUCUCUGGUCCAGCCAAUCCAGUGUGCCUUAGCCAGCAGAGACAACCAAUCAGAGGGGGUGGAAGUGGAGGCCCCCUGUUGCCUUGACGACUGCCCGUCAGAUGAAGCGCUACAGAAGGAAGAGUGAUGGCGUCCUUGCUAGGACGCGCUACUCUCGGAGAGUUAUCUGUGUUCGACUGCCUUUCCCUGUUUUCGUAGCCCCGUCUGCUAGCCGUGCGGCGUCAUCACAUGGAGCAGGAAGUGAGGCGAGGGCCCCUCCUCGCCUCGCAGCUGCUCCAUCUGAUGGACCCGAGCACCUAGCUGUUGCUCCCUUUUAUUUUUCUCAUGUGGUUUUACAUUGUUUAAUGAAGAAAGGUCUUCUCCACGAGUUCGCAAGCGCCCCGCCCCUCAAAAAGAAUCCUGUACGUCACCCCUUUCACUCAGAGCAAAACGAGCUUAAAGCUGUCCCCCAUCACGACCCACCAACGAAACGAGCCCCCCCUUCCCUGUUUGACAGGAGAAACUGUACAGUUCUUAUUUUAUGAUGGUCCCACGGUUUGAAUCUCUGCACAAUGACGUUGCGCUUGUGAUCACAGUGACUUUUGGGAUGUGGUUUCCAUGGUCAUAGCUGCUAAGCCUGGUCGCUGUGGAUGCUAGUUGUGCAUCGAUGUGAUUUGUUGCCAUCUUGUGAGAUGUUUGUCUUGCAAGGAGCUGCUCAGAGUCUGACUCUGGGCACGCAGGAAUGUUUUGAACGUUAGUUUGUGAGCAAUUUUUGGCACAGCUGCUGCAUGAAUAGUGUCAGCAUGUGUGCUAGAAACAAUCCCCCCCACCCCUGCCCCUAUAGGUUGGUUGAUAACCGUUAUCAAUGGAGCACCACGGAACCAUCGUGAUGAAAUUGUGCUCUCAGAUUUUGACCUAUGUAGCAUAGACUAGUGUUUAUUUGCUCUAAGAGACCCCACGAAUUUAUGCACCUUAAGCCCUCAAGUAUGCAAGAUUGUCCCUUCCCCCUUUUGUCCUUUUGUCCCAAAGCUUUGAUUGUAUUAACCCAGCAGAAGCACUUAUUGUUGUAUUUAAAAAUAAUGAAUCAGAAAAAGCCCCUACAGCUGAAUCCACAGCCGGACAGGCUGGUGCCCUGCGGCUGAGUCAAUUUUCUUAAGAUAUGUAGAAAUACAUUUUAAAGGUAGAGAUCUAUUUGAGAGACGUCAGAAUGUGAACAGAGUGGUUUCAAAAUAAAAGAAGCACUUUGUUUAAAAAAAAAAUGUUCAACCACACUGGACAGUCCUCUACCAGUUGAGAAAAAAACAUUGUAUAAAAGCAAACUCUGAGGCACCUUUUUGACUUAAGGCCAAAAAAAAGACUUAAUAUGCUGCCCAAUGAAAAUGGAGAAGGAUGUUGAGGUCUGGGUGACUGCUGCCAGGCGGCGUUCACCUCACACCGACCUCAUUCCUUCAGACAAGAACUUCUCAAUGAAGCUCAAAGGAUCCUUGAGCAAAGACAAAGACUCAUAGGAAUCAUUUCAGAUUUCUAAAAGUUUAUUUUUCUCCAAAGUGUACAUUAAGGCUCACCUCCUAAGACAGCAAGUCCUGGAAAAAAGGGUGUGGCCUCCAAGCCUCACCGCUCUGGUGACUGAACAUCUGUUGUCAUUACAGUAGCCCGACACUGAGAGCCUCGUUGCGUCACGGCGCUCGAGAUCUUGCCUCAACACGACUCUGUGGGCUGCACAGCAAGUCACACGACAAGGGAGUGAAGGCCGUGCAGCGGACCCAAGCGUGCCGCUCCAAACCUGAAACUUCAAUGAAAUGGAAAUGUUUUAUCAGAGCACUUAUGUUUGUAGAGAGUUAUAGUCCCCCCUACCCCCCACAACGUAGGUUUCAUCUGACAAACAGAAGUAAACACUUCCCACCGAUAGCUGGUAGCGCCGCUGCAGCUAUAGACGCAAUAGACCGACGGAUAUUACCUGAGAGAUCCUCGCCAUGGACAUUGCCAUCUCUCGAGAUUUACUAAGAAAUGCUGAAAAUAGGCAAGUCAACAAAGAAGCACCUUAUUUUCUCACGACGUUGACUUGGCGAUCUAUCGUGUGCCACAAAAUUGACACGAGAAAAUUCUCUCACAAAGUUACUGUUUUAAAGGAAAAAAAACAAACAAAACCCGACUGUGUGUGUGUUAGAGUAGUCACGUCAGACUCCCCCUCAGUUAUGUACUCAACCAUUUACAGAUGACCCGGCUGGGAUCAAAGACCUGCUCUCAUCUCUGUGAGACCGGCCCGCUUCGCCGUCUCUUACGCCAACAUCGAAUGAGAUACGAGGUUCCGACUUGUUAUCCGUUUUUUGGUACCUGUUCAAGCGCUUUAGGUGUUCUAGGUACAGACGCCGGGGCUUAAUUCAAGACUGUAAAACACAAGACACCAAGACUAGACUAGAGAAUAAAAACUCAACUGGCCGAAAAGUUAUCUAGGAGUCAUACACAACUGAUUUCUAUCGGCAUUAAUGCAGUUAAUGUCGCACAUCGUUUGGAGAUAGCUUUUCUGCGGCGAUCCGGAGUGUAAUCUGGUAGACGAUGCCCUCUCUCGAUUCGCGCGCCAGAUAACAGUUAAAGCACACACGACAGCACACAAAUACACACACACACACACAUCAAAGACAGAUGCAUUUGUUACCAGCAGCAUUCUCCCUGCUUUUGUGCUGAAGUGGUUUUUGUGCAGUUCGAGUUCAGUGGAGUUGCCGUCGGUUCGUCACAGAUCAUUUUGGUAACAAUGUCAUACUGACUUCAGAAAUCCCACGCUCACAAGUCUGCAUGCAUGGAUUAAAACGACACGGUUUGGGGUUUCAGGCGGGCUCGGAGCCUGCCGGCCGCCCGCACACACACAGCACAUUGGUACACACACACAUAUAUGUUAAAUCCUAAGUUACACAGUAGCUAGUAUGGAAAAAAAAAAGUCAACACAAGACAUGAUGUAGUGUCCCUCUUUUGUCCUCGUCUGUUUUUAGUUCAAUAGGUAUUUGAUCAGUGAUUUUUAUGCUUGUUAUCCUAACAAUCCCCCCCGUGUUAUGACACUUUUUCUCACCCCCCUCUGCUCACUAGCUUCUCUCUGCCCUCAAACCACCCCCAUAAUUCCCCUGCAGAGCACAUGCAUCCAUUCACACACACCCACUGAUGUUCAUUAAAAGCAAUCAUGCACACAAAACACAAAGAACAAACACAACACGAACACACAACCCCUUCCCAGCGCCCCUCUUAUUUCCGUUUUUCUUCCACUUCCUGCUCUGCCGCUCUGUUAGCCCGUUAGGAUCGUUUCUAUUGGCCGUUUUUCUCUUUUUCUCUUUGGGAUGCCCCACCCCCUAAUCAACCCAACUAACAGUUAAAGGUUAUAUUAACGUUGAUAAUCAGUUUCUGUAUGUAUCUAGCCAGAAUGGAAAAAAAAUCCGAAAAAAAAUCUAAACUCUUAUUCAAUUGUGCAAACGUGUUUUUCUUACUAUUUUUAAUGUUAUUACAUCUUUUAAUCUUCUACCAUUGCUUCAGUUAGUACUGAAAUACGCUUAGCCAACCUAGAGAUUUGAUCUGUAAUGAUUGCCAUUCUCCUUACCUGUAUUCAGUAUGGCAUCUUUAGACCACUUCACCGUUUAUUCUGUAUGUAGGUAAAUAUCGCCCAUUUAUCCAAUUGAAAAUCGUCGUCUGCACUAUGUUUGAUUCUCAUGAUGUCCCCGAAAAUCAUUUAUCUCUUUUUUGAUGGAAGCUGAACUCUGCGCCCUCGCACAAAGCAGCAAAACAUCUCGUGUCAAAACCUGACAACCAAAGUACUCCUUACAUCCAUUUUCCCAUAGUCCUUUGCCUGUGACUCACUCAACAAUUCCCCCCCUCAAGUAAUAAUUUUUCUCAUAAUUAUGAUUAUAUAUGGUAUAAAUAUGAUAUUGCAGCACAUGUAGUUUAACUGACAUGUCUGUGAGAUGAUGGCAUUUUCAUACAGUGGUAGUUGUGGAGAUACAGACUGGCAAGGUCAGCGAGUAUUCAGUUCUGUGGUUGAAACUAGGAACCCGUUUGUGUUCCGGCAUUGUGGGCAAAUCCACGUCUCCGAGUUCUUCUGAUGGAAUCAAGACUUUGUGGGCUGUUCUAAGCAAAUGUACACUUUAUGUGACCCCAUAACUGCACCUGAUGUAGUUACAGAAGUUUCUGCGCCCCAAAUCUGUCCUACUUCUAGUUACUGUGUUAAAACCUGUUUUCUCCCUGGAAUCAGUUUGGUUGAGUGGACACCAGUGGCUGAACCUUCCUAGAAAACAUUCAUCUUUACCUGCCUGCUGGAAAAUCCACAUAGUCAGAAAAAAUAAGUUCAUAUUUGACUGCUAAUUGGAAAAAAAAAUCAAACUUAUUGAACAACUGUGAAUUGUUAUUAAAAGACAAAAUUUAAGAAAAUAUUUAUAUGUAUUUUUUGUGACCCUUACAGAAAUUUAGUUAUUUAGUAUUAGAAUCUGAGUCUUUACUCCUAAUGUUUGACAGAAAAAAUUCAUAAGAACUUCAGUCGCUUUCACCUAAAAACAAAUUCUAAUGCACCUUAUUGUUACAAUUAGAAAAAGUCUUAAGUUCAGUUGAUAGAGCCGAGUCCCAGGAUAAACGUGUACGGUGACGUGUCGUCAAGUGAAACAGUAUUAUUGUCUGUUAAGCAGGAAGUUGAAUGGAGUCAUUGAGAGGAGCUGUACCUGCCCUGAUCUGUUAGAUCUGUGCAUUUCACUGCAGUUUGUUCGUUUUGGAAUAACCGUCUGUCCGUCUCUACACUGCCACCACCCCUAAAGUUUCUGUACACCAACACGUCCACUCUCCUCGCCCCGAUGGCUGAGCCCCAUUGAUUUUAGUCAAUCCUCAGCAGAAUGUGUCCUACUGAAAAAAGAACCCACGACUACCCAAAACGUACCUGUGCAGCAAAAAAAUAAAAAACAAAAAAAAACAAGGUUAAAAUGUAUCCAUAAUAUAAUUGUUAUAGAACUAUAAUCAUCAUCCUCAUUAUUGCUGUUAUAAUUAUGGUUGGUAUAAUUUGUCAUCGUUAGAAUUAUGAAAGCACCAGACGGCUUGAGAAAAGGUGAGAAAAGAAAGAUGUUCUUUUUUUUUUUUUUUUUCCUUUUUGGAUUUUUUUUUUAAAUUUUGUUUUAAAUUUGUCUGGCUGUUGGUGGUCCGAUCUCACAGAAGGAGGGGAGGAAAGGUCCAGAAAGAGACAAAGAUGGCAGUCAUGUUUGUACUGGUUGGGAAACGACUUACAGUGCUGAAAUAAAAUUUAUUCUUUUAGUAAAAAAAAGUA